AAUCACCUGAAGAGGAAGUGUUUUCCCAGAUAGAAGAAAAAGAGAGGAAGAAGAGGAAUAAAGAAAAUCCAUCAACAAAUGACAUGGUCUCUGGUUCAGUGAUGCUUCAGACUGUGAUACUCUCAUGAAUCCAGUUCAUGAGUCUUGCUCUGCUGAUGAGCAAAGGUCAAGUGUUCAACCAUUUUCUUCUGUUACUGACAAAACAAUGAGAAUUCCACGACGUUGGAACCAACCCAGAAUUCGCUGGAAGGACAAGUUGGAAGCAGUUGCUUACAGGAGGACAACAGAAAAGAAAUCUUACUUUUUGUCCUGAUCAUUUAAUUGCAAAAGGAAGUGAUGGCACAGAAGUCUAUAUUGGCCUCAGAGAGGAUGGCACUGAAGUUGCUAUUAAACGCAUGACCAAGUCAAACUACCAGGUGCUUAAAAAUGAGGAGGAUUUAUUACGCGGGCUUGACAAUCCCAGUAUUGUGCGAUAUGUAGACUUUGUUGAGGAUGAAAACUUUGGCUACCUAGCCCUUCAGCUUUGUGAGUACACCCUGGAAGAAUACAUUCAACCAGAGAAUUAACUUUUACCAGAAAACCACCAGGAAAAGAUGUAGAAGUCAUUCAAAGUCAGGAUAACAAAGUGCUUCACAGGGACAUCAAACCCCAAAAUGUUUCGAUUGAUAUCCAAGGAAAAGCAAGGCUGGCUGAUUUUGGCAUCAGUAGAAGACUGAAUGUUGGACAGACAAUAUUGCACACAAGGCCUGCAGGAACCAAAUGCUGGGAGGCCACAGAAGUGUUAAAGAGUCUUGAAGAGAAGAGUGAUAGUGGCUUUAAAAGGAGCUCAGAUGUCCAGGUUGCAGGAAUGCUGGUGUACUACAUCCUCUCUUGUGGACACUAUCCUUUUGGGGAAGGGAUUCGCUGUGAGACUAAUAUUCUGGACGGGAAGUACAAUCUGGAUUUGGUGGAAGAUGAGCUGGCUAAAGAUCUGAUUGAGAGGAUGAUCCAAGAUGACCCCAAAGACAGGCCAAGAGUGAAGGACACACUCACUCACCCCUACUUCUGGGAGAAUGAGAGGAGGGUGGAGUUUUUGACAAAAGUUGGUAAUCAGAGUGAAGCAGAGAACUGUCGAAAUGCAGACAAGAAGCUCUUUGAGGACCUGGAGAAAUGCACAGUGGAUAAAACCUUCGCUGACUGGAAAAACAAAUUUUCCCCUGAGCUGGUCCACAAGCUGGAUAAUCACACGUCGCCUUACCCAGAGAACACUCUGGCUCUGCUGCGUUUCAUACGCAAUCUCUACGAACACCACCCUGAUGAAGCAGAGAGGAUCGACCUGAGGGAACUGUUUCCUGACCUGCUUGCGACUGUCUACAUGUUUGUCGAAGCUAAGAAGUGGAAUUUACGACCCCUCUUGAACAAAUUCUUCCCUUCCUGAAGAUUCAGUCAUUGCUUUGGAUAUCGUCUUUAGGGGAUGUUUAUUGAUAUUUUUAAAUGGGUCCAACAGAUGAUUUUUGUUGAAACUGUUCAGCUUUAAAUUCAUGAAUUAUUUUAGUUUUAGUUGUAUUUAUUAUUCGAAAAA